CGCUGUCUUGUAGCUGUCCUGUCCAACCUAACCGGAGAAUACUGCUAUUGAAAAAAUGGAAACACUUGAAGCUUUUGCUGCGUUUAUUUUAACUUAUUUUUUGUGUUUUGAUUGUUGAUUUAUGAAGUGGAGAACAGAUGGGGAGGAUUCAUGUGCAAACUGCGCCUCUUCUCUCAUAAGCGCAUCCACCUUAUACUCAGGAUAAAAACUCAGCGUUGCUUUCUCACUCGGAACAAGUUCUUGUUAGUGUAAGGCUGAGUGGAUAAUUCACGUUUGCUUAUUUCUCCAAGUUGUUCUCCUUCUUUAGCAGCUCGGAUCCCCCUGCCUCACUCCUUCAUUUUUUGCAGAUUUCAAUUUUGCGGUUUGUGUUUCUGCAGUUUGGCGGUAAUUGUUUUUUUUCCUAUUCUGAACACCGUCUGUGUUAAUGUGGAGAAUAACAGCAGGAUAUUAGUAGAUGUAGCGGAGAAAGACUUGUGUGCUUUUGACGGAUUCACGAGAGGCUUACAUAAGAGAAACAGUCAUGUAUGCAGGACGCAAGAGGAGAAAACCAGUUCAAAGAAUGGUGAAGCAGCCAUCAGCCGAGGGAGCCAAGUCCAACCCAUCCAAACGGCAUCGAGACAGGCUGAAUGGGGAGCUGGAGCGGCUGGCCAGCCUCCUGCCAUUUCCUGAAGAGGUCACUGCCAGUCUGGAUAAACUAUCCAUCCUCCGCCUAAGUGUCAGUUACCUGCGAACCAAGAAUUUCUUCUCUGUCACCCUGAACAGUCAAAAUGGAGUGAAGGAUGGCAGCAACAAAACAGAAGGGACAAAUACCAAGAUCCCUGAAGGUGAACUUUUGCUGCAGGCUCUCAAUGGAUUUGUCCUGGUCAUCACUGCCAGUGGGACCAUCUUCUACUCCUCUCACACAAUUCAGGACUACUUGGGCUUCCAUCAGACUGAUGUCAUGCACCAGAGUGUGUAUGAACUGGUCCAUACAGAGGACCAGCAGGAGCUCAGGAGAAACCUGGACUGGGCUUUGAAUCCUCCUGCUGCUGCAACAUCCACUGUCUGCCAGGAGUCCCCCAAAGAGAUAGAACUUGACAAAAGCUCAUCUUUGGUCACCUAUAACCCUGAACAACUCCCCCCGGAGAACUCAUCCUUCCUGGAAAGAAGCUUUGUGUGUCGCUUUCGCUGCCUCUUGGACAACUCUUCCGGUUUUCUGGCUUUGAAUAUCCAAGGAAGGCUCAAGUUUUUGCAUGGGCAGAACCAGUGGCAAGAAAACGGAGGAAAAGCUCCACCACAGGUUGCGCUGUUUGCUAUUGCAACUCCUCUGCAACCUCCAUCCAUCCUGGAGAUCAGAACCAAGAACAUGAUCUUCAGAACCAAACACAAGCUGGACUUUACUCCCGUGGCCUGUGAUGCAAAGGGGAAGAUAGUGCUAGGGUACACAGAGGCUGAACUGCGGGUAAGAGGAUCUGGCUAUCAGUUCAUUCAUGCAGCAGAUAUGUUGCACUGUGCAGAGAACCAUGUAAGAAUGAUGAAGACUGGAGAGAGUGGUCUGACUGUGUUCAGACUCCUGACUAAGGAAAACCACUGGAAAUGGGUCCAGGCCAAUGCCCGGCUGGUGUACAAGAACGGCAAACCAGACUACAUCAUUGCAACCCAGAGGCCUCUUUUGAAUGAAGAAGGAGGAGAACACUUGCGUAAGCGCUCGAUGCAUCUACCCUUUACAUAUGCAACAGGAGAAGCCCUGCUCUACCAGUCCAGUCAUCCCAUUGCAAGCUUUAGAGAUGGAAGCUAUGAAAAAAAUGGUAGUAAAUCUAAGAAGAGCCGAUCUGACAAGCUGCUGACAGAUGAUCUGGACCCUGGUUCCCUGCUUGGGGCACUUAUGAGUCAGGAUGAGUCUGUGUAUGUUUGCCAGCCAGCCAUAGAGCCCAAAUUGUCAUUCCAUGGCAGCUUUUUUGCAGAGCGAAUGAGCUUCUCUGACGGCGAACCCUGCAGCUUGCGCAGGAGCUGGAAUGAACCUACUAACAGUAUGGUAGGUCAACGCAUCACAGAGCCAGGUACCAGUUUUGACCCACUGCUGACUACUUUGGACUCACUCUCUUUGGAAGGCCAAGGGGUUAUGGAUGCAGAGGAGAGGGGUUACUCAAACAGUGAACUGUUUGGAGCUCUGGAGGGGCUUGGACUGAGUGCUGAGGACCUAGAAUUGCUGCUGUUAGAUGAGCGUAUGAUCAGAGUUGAGAUGGACCCUGAGCAUGUGCCUACUUUGGAUGAUCUAUUGACAAAUGAUGAAAUUCUGUCUUAUAUCUAUGACUCAAUAGAAGGAAGGACUGAUUCCACAGAGCAUGGAGGACAGGUGCCUCCUAGCACUACCCCAGAAACCUCCACGAUAGUGUCAUUGUCAGAAAAUAACCCCACAACUGAUACAAAUGUGCAAAUGCAGUUUCCUCACUCUAACACUCCACUAGUGGGGCAUGCUCCCAUUGUCCAGCUAUCCCAGCAGAUGCAACAGCAUCUCAACAUGCGAACAGGUAAAGUGGAGCAUAACUGGGGCCAGCAGAGUGACCAUUUGCCUAACAGGAUAGUAAAUGGAGAGCUGCUGGGGCAAAAUCAGUCUAUUCCCAAUAGACAAUGGACACCCCAAGACAUUCUAGCCACUACAGGGAUACAAGUGGAACAACUGACCACACAACAGAUUCCUUUCAAUGACAAGGCCUUAGUCUUAAAUAGCGAGCUUCAUCACCACUACCCUCAGCAGCAGCAGCAACCCAGGACCCAGAAGCAGCUCUCACAACAGUGCCAUGUCACACAGAAGGCAGCAAACCUCAACGGACUGUGUGGCAUCUCCAGCCCAGAGCAUCCAGCGGACAAAACUCAAUGGCAAAACAACAGUUUGAGUGAGAGUCUGGUCAGCAAUGUCAGCCUUGACCAAAAACCUCUCACAAACACCUCACUCGACUCCUGCAUAGAUUAUAACAUGCCCAGUAUGGACAAUGUAGAUUACACUAUCAGUGGAAGUGGUUUGUUUGGGAAGAAUGCAGAACAGCAGGGGGCUGAGUGCACAGUUUCAUCUUUUCAGGGAAUAAACCACAAAUGCCACCCAGAGCAGAUUCCAGUCACCUUGUUCCAAGUCAUCUCUAGUCUAUCGCAGUGCCCUCCUUCCAACACCUCUCUGGAGCAGAUUUUAGGAGUGGGUAAGCCCUGCCAGCAGCUGGACCAUUAUGGCAUGGUGACCACUGAGAUUCCUCAUGACCCCAGUCACAGUAAGAUGGAAAAUGGCUACAUCAUGAACAGUACUUACCCAGGAGGUUGUGUCCUGCCCAACGGAAAUGGAUCUGUGCCUCCUACUAUCCAGGUGCCCAGCCCUGAGACAUUGGCUACCCUCCCAGACCCACCAACCACUGGCUUCUACCUCUGACCAUCUGACCAGGGACAGUCGUGCAGCAAGACACUGUGAAUGGCCAGAAACAUACAAUGACUGGACCAGCCUUAUACAUCUCGAUACCACAACAAACACAGCUGAAGAAACGUAGGCCUACAUGUUUGUUACUUCUAUUUUUUGUUUCCUUUUAUUUUGAGUUAACAAUGUUAUUUUGGAAGGAGGGGAUCACUGACUUCUAUUUCAAGUCAUAUUAUCAUAUGAGUUCUUUGUUUACACUAAUGCAGUUAAGAGCACUUAGUCAAGUUUAUUUUAAGUAAAUAUGAAUCAUUUGAAGAUAGGUUUUAAAAAUCUGCAUUCAGAUACAUAGUAAAACCAACAUGUUCUCAUCCCAGGACAUCAAAUACUGCUGUUCUGUCAGACACUGCUUGCUGUAUAGGGAUACAUACAGGGUAUUGCUUGGUAUUGUUGCACUGGCAUGGCAUUAUUAGACACAGGCACUGAGAUAAGGCUCCUGUUUUCAAGAACAAUUUACAAGUUAGCCAUCCAGGAGUCUGUGGUUUUUGGCCCUUUUGUGAGUUCUGUUUUGCACUUUCACUCAGUAAUUCCUUGUCUGUUAGUUUCAUAAUAAUUAUUUAAUUCUUUGAAUCUACAAUAUUUGAACAAAAGUAUUGGGCCAAAUCUCCUAAUUUUUUAAAUUCAGGUGUUUUUGGUCCCAUUGUCACAGAUAUAUAAAAUCACCAAGCCAUGAAGUCUACCUUUACAAACAUUUAUGAAAGAAUGGGUCAUUCUAAAGAGCUCACUGAAUUUGAGCAUGUCACUGUCACAGGAUCCCACCGCUGUAACAAGUCAGUUGGUGAAAUUUCUUCCAUAAUCAGCUGUAAGAGGUAUUAUUAUGAAGCAGAAGCAUUUAGCAACCAUAGCAACUGACUUACUGAAUUGGCAGACUACAUACAGUUACAGUGCUCAGACACAUGGUGUGUAAAUGCUCUGCUGGCUUAAUAACUAUGAAGGCCCAAACCUUCUCUGACGUUAACAUCAGCACAAAAACUGUGGCAUGAGUUUGCAUGGUUCCUGUAGGUGUAAUGUGUAGGUGGCCCACUACUUUUUUCCAUAUACUGUAUGUCAUUAAAAAAAAAAAAGUCGGCUCCAUCCAUCUGUUUUCUGUCCCUUAUCUGGAUCUGGGUCGGAUGGGUAGCAGUCUAAGCAGAAACACCCAAAGUGUUCCCAAGCCCGCCAAGAAAUAUAAAUUCUGUAGUAUUUUAUGGGUCUGUCAAGGCCCCGGCUUCAACCAUCACAUGAUCAAAAGUCAGAGAUUAACCAAUAAAUAUCACUUUGACUGACAGUAAAAAGCUGAAAGAAAUUCUAAUAUUGUUUAUUUCCCAAGCAAAAAUACCAAACAUUUGCUGAUUAAAGCUUCUCAAAUGCCAUGUGUGCUACUUUUCUUCAGCUUAAAUGGACAGAAGUAAUUUGGAUAGUCUGUAUUUUGUUGUUCAAAAUGAGACAUUUGACAAUUUGAAGGACUAUUAUUUUAGAGAUUUUAUAGAUUACUUAAUCAGUAACUGAAUAAAAAGAAAAGUACAGAGUACAUUGAGAUAAUACUAUAUUGUAAAAUGCACAAUCAGACAGGAUUUGUAUGUCUCAACUUUAUGAAUGUACAAAGAGCUAGAGAAGGAGGAGCUCUGGAAAUAGUAGUAUAGUAAACUUGAAGUAUUGUAAACUAUGGUAAAUGCAGUUCUUUUCUAGUGUUUUUUUUUUUUCAUCAGAUCUUUCCUGACACGAAUAAGGUUUGCUUUGCUUUGUAUCUGAAUGCAACACACAAACCGACCUUAUCCCCAGCAUGAUUACAGGUCUUUGGUGGAGACAGUUAUCAGUUUUGCUCAUGCUACAAGAAUGUAAUUGUUGCGUGUUCAUUGAUUUCUUUGUUAAAUGAUUUUCAACUAUGAGAUUUAUCCAUAUACAUUUGAAAAGAGUAUAAAAGAUGAAGAUUAUUUCUAGAAAUGUUCUGCACUUUAUUUCAGGUACCCACUUAAUUAAUGCAGAUUGGUAGUCAAGGACACUGAGGUUAGUGGAACAGCAUAACUUCAUUUAUGAUUUUUCUUUUCUUUUUUAUUUUAAGUUUCUGACAAUUUUAUUUUGAGGUACACUUCAGGUGGUGGGUUAAUGUCCUCACUAGCACAAACACGUCAUGUUAGUGUAAUCAUUUUUAUAUUUCUCCACUUGAAUUGUUUUUUCAAUUGUUGAUUAUGUUGAUAUUAAAUCUUGGACCUCUGAACAAGUCCUUCUUUUACAUUUGGCCAUUGCCAAGUUUUACUGACCUUAAUAGAAGAAACCACUUUAUUGUGUAUUUUUCUGUUUUCAUUCAGUUCCUUGUUGGAAGUCAAUAUGUAAGCCACUGUAUUUUAAGAAAAACAAAUGGUAAUGCUUUGUCAUCCUCUACCUAGGCAGUGGUUCCACUUAUUCCCUACCUUUACACCAUCCUCCCCACUCCCAUUUGCCCCAAGGAAUCAGUGACAUCAUUCAGGCUCUACAGUGGCUCUGCAGCGAAUUAAAAAAGAAUUCACUGUAAAACCAGACAUCUUGGGAAAUUAUCUUGUUUGUUGACAAACCAAGUGAAAAUGUGAAAUACAGUCAUGAAACAUGGGUGAUAACUUAAAGGAAAAUUUGGACACCUGUGAUGCGGGGAUCUGGUGGCUCUGUUCUGUUAUUGGGGGGGGCUUUUUUUUCAAGAACGGUUUGGUUUGGCUUUUGCCCCUUGGUAGGUUCUCCCAAGGCAAUGCUCGGUGAGAGGUGGUACCUUCGGGCCGGGCAGUGGGUCCUAACUGUUGUCUGAGCUUAUGUGCCAAAUGACAACUCAAGUCAAAUUCUUGGAGUUGCUGGGCGGGGUGCUUGAGGCUGCUCCAUCCAGUGACUCUGUCAUCCUACUGGGAGACUUCAAUGCUCACGUGGGCAACAACGGUGCCCAUGUAUCAUCUUGGAGAGGCAAGAUUGGACAGAUCUGGCACGCUUAAACGUAUAGUGAGGGUGCACUUGGAACAUCUGGCAGAGACCCCAGUCCAUUAGAUCUUCAACAGUAUUCCAAGGGAAGCUGAGGACACUGAGUCCGGAUGUACCAUGUUCCUCACCUCCAUUGUUGAGGAUGCUGCACAGAGCUAUGGCUGCAAGGUUAUUGGUACCUGUCGUAGUGGUAAUCCCUGAACCAGAUGGUGGGCACCGGAGGUGAAGCGGGUUUAUAAGCGGAAGAAGCAGGUUUAAAAGCUUAAGGAGCCCUAUCAAAUUUUGCCAGCCUGUGGUGUUGGCUGAGACAAAAACCUGUGUGUGGGAGGAGUUCAGUGAGGCCAUGGAAAAAGAUUUUUGGACAGCUUUGAAACAAUUCUGCAAACUGUCAGGCAACUCAGGAGAGGAAAACAGUGCUCUACUCACAUGGUGUAUAGUGUGGGUGGGACUCUGCUGACUUCAACUGAGGAUGUAGUCAGGCAUUGAAAGGAAUACUUCAAGGACCUCCUUAAUCUCACUGGCAUGCCUUUCGUAGUGAAAGCAGAAUCUGGGGACGAGGGGGACGACUCACCCAUUACUAAGGGUGAGGUCACUCAGGUGGUUAAACACCUCAGUGACCACCUCCUUGGUGCCAGGGCCCAUGGUGUGGACGAGAUUUACUUUGAGUUCCUGAAGGCUUUGGAUGUUGUAGGGCUAUCUUGAUUGACAUGCCUCUGCAACGUCAUGUGGAGAUCUGGGGCGGUACCACUGCAUUGGCAGGCCAGGGUGGUGGUCCCCAUCUUCAAGAACCGGAGGGUGAGCUCCAACUGUCGGGAAAUAACACUCCACAGCCUCCUCGGGAAGGUCAAUGCCAGGGUGCUGAAAAGGAGGGUCUGUCUGUUAGUCAAACCUCUGAUACAAGAGGAGCAAUGUGAUUUUCUUCAUGUUUGCAGAAUGCUGGAUCGAUUCUUUAUCCUCUCUGGACCAGUGUGCUUGGGAGUUUGCCCAUCCAGUCUACAUGUGUUUUGUGAACUCGGAGAAGAUUUGCCCUCAUCCCUCCGGGUAUCCCGUGGGAAGUGCUGCAGCACUAUGGGGUGUCUGGCCCAUUGUUGUGUGCCAUUCAGUCCCUGUACUACAGCAGUAAGAGCUUGGUCCAUGUUGCCGGCAAUAAGUCAGACUCAUUUCCUGUGGGUGUUGGACUACACCAGGGCUGCCCUUUGUCACUGAUUCUGUUCAUAGUAUUUUGGACAGAAUUUCUAGAUGUAGCCAAGUGGCGGAAGGCUUCCACUUUGGUGGUCUCACAAUCUCAUCUCUGCUUUUUGCGGAUGAUGUGGUCCUUUUUGCCUUCAUCAGGUGGUGGCCUCCAGCUCACACAAAUGGUUCACAGUCGAUUAGUGGCUGGUAUGAGAAUUACUACCUGUAAGUCUGAGGCCAUGGGCCUCAGCUGGAAAAGGGUGGAGUGCCCACUUUGACUCAGGGACGCGUUGCUACCCCAACUGGAGGAGUUUAAGUAUGUCGGGGUCUUGCUCAUGAGUGAUGGGAGAUGGGAGCGGGAGAUUGGUAGAUGGAUUGGGGUUGCGUCUGCAGUGAUAUGGAAGGUGUUGAUUUACUGGUCAGUCUACAUCCCUUCCCUCACCUACGGGCACAAGAUCUGGGUAGUGACAGAACGAGAUUGUGAUGCAAGCAGUGGAACUGAGCUUCCUCUGAAGGAUAGCUGUCCUUUCCCUUAGAGAAAGGGUGAGGAAUGCAGUCAGGGGCUCAAAGUAGAGCCGUUACUCCUCCACACUGAAAGGAGCCAGUUGAGGUGGCUCAGGCAUCUGACUAGGAUGCCUCCUGGGCAAAUCUUGGGUGCCGCAGGUAUAUGAUGCUGACAUCGGAGUAAAGAAAGGCAAUGGAUAGUCCAGACAAAUAGGUUGACCGUGCAUUAAAUUAGACAUAUUUUACACCUAGAUAAACAUAAAUGGAUUAAAUGUGUCAUUUAUAUUUAAAAAAUAAUAGUAAUCCAUGUACAUGGAGUGUAUGUUGUAUGGCGUGUUUGUUACAGUUAUAUUCAAACAAUUUCAGAAAUAAUUAAGUUGACAAAUUAAAUGUCCUUGUAUUAAAUGAAACAAAGAAACAUGAAAUUGCUAUAUUUAGUGCAAGAAUGUGAACAAUAUUUCUGUAAGAGACGGUUGACUGGACCACUUAUAAAACAACAUCAUCGUACUCUACAGUGUUUUUGUUGUCAUAUUUUGUUUGUGUUUUCUUGACGUAUUACAAAGAGUUUUGACUGUGGAGAUAACAUCAGUGUUCCAACCAUGUUUGUUGGUAUUUACAUAUAUUAUAGUGAAGAGGCAAGGACUUAGAUGGUGACCCAGGAGAAAACAAACAAACAAACAAACAAAAAAGACAUAAGAAAUAAGUAGAAGAAUACAGCUAAGCUAUUGGCAGAACUAUUAUGGUUGUAGAUGUUCAUUUGUUUUUACUGGGUGGGCAAAUGCUGUUCAUCAGUAAAGGUGUAUUUGUGUGUGUUUAUGUGAAAACCUGUGUGAAACAAAAAUGUAAGUGUUCCUAUAGCGAGGGAAAAAAACAGAAGAGAAAUAUGACAGACUGGCCUACUAAGUCACUAUGAGCCCAUCAAGUCAGUGUCCACCAAAUCAAUACAGAGUAGUUCUGAGUGAUCACCUUUAUCUUUUUUGGCCACAGUGGUAUUUACCCACAGUAAAGAGACAGGAAAUGUGGGGAAAACACUCAGGCAAGCCGGCGACAGGCUAGGACGCGCGCCUGUGCCGCCAGCGCCGCAAUGUGGCUAUGCAUGUGGUCGCCAGCUUCACCACUAAGCCACCUGGGUACCCAAUAACCUUUAUCUUAUGAAGAAAUUUUUCUAAUUGGAAGUGCUCUCUUCCUGAUCACUUCCUGGAUGCCUCAAUUCAUUGAAUGGCUUAAUAACUAUUUAAAGUCUAUCAUAUUUUAAUGAUAGUGGUGUCACACACUCUUUAACAAGUAAGUCCAAAAUCUAGAGUUCCAGAGAUUUUUAGAAUUGAUUCCAGAAGCUGAUCUGGCAGCACAAGGUAGCCCAAAACUAAGACACUGUAGAUAUGAUUGUCCUUUAAUUUGUCACUCAGUAUUUCCCCAAAGUGUUCACCUUUUCCAUUUAAAUGGUAGAAAAUGAUGCCACACGAGGUCAGUAAUUUCAGGUCUACACAGGAUCUAAUAUCAAUUACUGAAGGGUAAACAAUGAAAAACCAAAUGAGUAUUUAAAAAGAGAUCUUUAGUAGGACACACUUUUGAAUGUUUCUUGUACAUAGUGAAAUGACUGGAAAAUGAAAAUAAGAAUUACUUCCUCAAGAAAAGAUGCUGAAAAGAGAUUUCCAUUGUUUUAUUCAAAUAAUGUCAUUAUUGAUAGUUACUAUUAUUGUUAUAUGUUCUAUGUUGAGAUGUAAUCACGUGGACAUCAUCUGAAAAGACUUUUGUUUCUUUACCUUGCUUUUUUUCUACAGCAAAAAUGUUUGCUAUAUUUAAUAUAAUUGAUGUGACUUAAUAACAGUGUGAAAAAAGAUGUGUAUUUAAAUUCAAACAAAUGUUGACAAAUACAGGUAUGUACAGAGUUUCAUGUCAAGUCACUUGUUUCCAGCACUAUUUUUAAACUAUUCAGCAACCCAUUUGCUGAUUUUUUUUCUGGUUUUAUUUUUUAUUGUAAAUAAUAUUUUCAUCACAAAGCACGAUACUCUGUGACAGACUGAAAAUGGUGCCAUACUACUGAGACUUGUUACGUAGGCUCUAAUGUUGGAAAGUUUAGUUUUGUCUUUUACUUACCCACAGUAACUUUAACAUUACCAAGACAAGGUGUACUGUAGAUGUUGUAUAUUUGAAAUGUUCCCUUUGACUGCUUGUAACAGAUGCAUUUUCUUCCUUUAAAAUAAAGGAUUUCUGCAAUCACA